GUAAGCCACUGUUGGAGUAGUAUAUAUAUUUAUAUAUAUAUAUAUAUAUAUCUGUGUAUACUUUUCAAUUUCUCUCUCUAAAAUACUUCUCUGUCUAAUCUUUUUCCAAGGGGAAGAAGGAAGAAGAGUACUUGCUCCCUCCCCCUCGAAUCUCCUUCCUCAUCCGCUUUGGUUAAAUCCCACUAAGGAGAGAGAGAUAGAGAAAGAGAGAGAACCCAGAAGAAACAAGGCAUGGAUUCGUUUCUAGUGGAAGAAUUUCAACUCUCUUUUCUUGGUUCACAAAACUUGGGUUGUUGAUGCUAAUGUGGUGAGCUGAUUGGUUCCCUUCUAUUUUUUUUCCUAUAAUUAUGGCCACCGAUUCUUCUUCUGAGGGAAUUUCACUUGAUCCAUCAAAAGGCGGUAAGAUGAGUAUGGAGAAAAAGAGAGAACUUGUUUAUGAAAUAUCGAAUUGGUCAGAAGGCGCGUCUGAGCUGCUACAAUCAUGGAGUCGUCAGGAAAUUUUACAGAUCCUUUGUGUUGAGAUGGGAAAAGAAAGAAAGUAUACUGGUUUAACAAAGUUAAAGAUUAUCGAGCAUCUUCUGAAAAUUGUAUCUGAAAAGAAAUCGGGAGGGAGUGAGGGUGUCACAACAGACCUUGAUUCACAGGCUUCUCCUAUGUCUGGUCAACGAGCUGCUAAAAGACAGAGGAAAACUGAGCAACCUUCUCGGCUAGCUACUGCGGCUGCUAGUGUAUCGACCCACAAUGGCAUCAUUGAUUUGACUAGCAAUGUAAUAUAUUGCAAAAACUCUGCUUGUAGAGCUACUUUAAAUCGAGAAGGUGCCUUUUGCAAGAGGUGUUCGUGUUGCAUAUGUAAUAAGUAUGACGAUAACAAAGAUCCUAGCUUGUGGUUAAUGUGCAGCUCAGAGCCUCCAUUCCAAAGUGAUUCAUGCGGCAUGUCAUGCCAUCUUGAGUGUGCUUUGACACACGAAAAAUCUGGCAUUGGUAUUAAGGCGAAAGUUGGGAAACAUGAUGGUAGCUUUUGUUGCGUUUCUUGCGGGAAAGAGAAUGAUUUACUCGGGUGUUGGAGAAAACAAAUGGUGGUGGCAAGGGAAACCAGACGAGUGGACAUUUUGUGGUAUCGUAUCUCCUUAAGCGAAAAACUUCUCAAAGGAACUGAAAAAUAUCAAAAGCUUUAUGAGCUUGUUGAUGAAGCUUCAAAGAAACUUCAAGCUGAAGUUGGUCCACUCGAUGGUUUGCCCGUCAAAAUGGGUAGGGGUAUUGUCAACAGGCUUUCUUCUGGACCCGAGGUUCAGAAACUUUGUUCUUCUGCUGUGGAGUUGCUGGAUUCAAUGAAUUCUAAUGUAACCUCAGAUCCAUUGCCCAAUCCCAUUAAACAAGAUAAGAAACCGAUUGGGCCAAACAUGAUCAAAUUUGAAGACACUCGGGCAACCUCGCUCACCAUUUUUUUACAAUCUCAAAAUAUUUUAUCAGAUGAUAACGUACUCUACUCCUUGUGGCAUUGUAAGGUUGAUGAUAUCAACUAUCCUAAAGAACCGACAUGCAAACUGUUAGCGCCAAAUGCAAGAUUUGUUGUUAGAGAUCUUACUCCUGCCACAGAGUAUUGUUUCAAAGUUGUUUCACAUGAUGGUACCAAGGAGUUGGGCACCAGCAUAGUUCGAUUCUCAACAAGCAAUGCAGAUGAACUUCCAAAUUGCCAUGUCCCGGAAAGAAGUCAAAGCCCAGCAACUAACUGUAGCAGCCUCUCUAAUCCUUCAUCAGUAGAAGAUGAAACUAAUAACGUUGCACUAUCUAGCGAGCAGGCUGAUACCCGUCAAGAGAAUUAUCUUAGUUAUUGCAAGGAUAAUGAAAAGGUUGCUUCUGGUAGUUUGUCUAAUGGUACUAUUACGUUCAACAGCACAGGUGAAGGAGAAAACAAGGGAAAUCAAGUAUCUUUGUUAGAUGGGAACUGUUCAAUUCGGUUGGUUGGCUCCAUAUCCAAUUCUGAUGUUGUAGAACCUGAUAACAAACCCUCAUCUGAUGGUCAUAUUGUUGAGGACAUUAGCACUGAUAAUGGGUCGAACUCUCCAGUUCGAACUGGAAUGGAGUGCGUGCCAUUUGCUGGUAGCUCAGAUGCUGGCUUGCCCAUUACACCUUGUAAGAUAGAAAUACUAAAGGAGGGGCUAGGAAGAAAUGUGAGAUCCAAAUCAAGCAGCAAGGAUUUAGAAAAUGCAGCAGGGAAAGGAGAACCCCAAGAUGGUAGCACAUCAAAGAAGAGAAAUGCAGAAAGGCCUGACGAGGAAUGUGCAGGAAACGGCCUUUCAGAUAGGGAUUUUGAGUAUUAUGUGAAGGUGAUUAGAUGGUUAGAAUGUGAGGGUCAUAUAGAGAAGAACUUCAGGCAGAAAUUCCUAACUUGGUAUAGCUUGAGAGCAAGCUCACAGGAGCUAAGGAUUGUUAAGGUGUUUAUCGACACAUUCAUAGAAGAACCAGCAUCACUUGCUGAGCAACUUGUUGACACCUUUACAGAAUGCAUUUCGAGCAAGAGAUCCUCUGUUGUUCCCUCUGGAUUCUGCAUGAAGCUUUGGCAUUAAUCAUCAUCAUCUUUAUCCUUUAGUUGGAUCGAGUUUUGAGUGCAAACGCACUCCUCGUUUGUUCAGCAGUAAUUCUUUAGUUCAUCUUUACCUAACAUGCUUCAUUUGAACUAUCUCAUCAUUUAUAUAUAUUUGUCAUCAUCACCAUUUUCCCCAUUCUUAUUAUCUAAGAAUGUUUAGAUAUCAUUUAUUAUGAUAAUUUGUUUCAUUCAGUUUGUCUCAACUCAUAUCCAUUAUGGCAAAUUGACUUUGCUUACUACUA